UAAAUAAGCAGCUACUUUUUGUUCUUAAAUCAGUUACAAAAAAGAUCUUCAACUGUUAAGAUUUGAAUUAUUUUUGAGAUUUUUUAAUAAUAAAAAAAAAUAAUAAACUACCAAAAUGGUGAUCAUUAAGGCAACGACUUUCCUCGUUCUCUUGGCUGUAGCAUUCGCUGCCCCAGCUGACAAGAAGGAAGCUGAUCUUUCAACUGCCGAAUCAAGCUACUCUUCUGGAUGGAAUAGCGGGCUUGGAGGAGGCUAUGCUGGGCAUGGCGGCUAUGGAGGUUAUGGCGGAUAUGGCGCCUCAACAUGGAACAGAGGAUACAACUCCGCAUGGGCUGCUCCCGUUGCUCCUGUAGCUGCUGCUGUUGCUCCCGCAUACACUGGUUACUCCGGAUACUCUGGAUGGAAUCGCGGCGUUGGAUAUCCCGGAUAUGCUGGCGCUGGAUGGGCUGGAGCUAACCGCGGAUAUGGCGGAUGGGCUGGAGCUACAGGCUACAGCGGAUACAACCGCGGCUUGGGAUACAACUCUGGAUGGAACGCCAACCGUGGAUGGGCUGCUGGAAAUCAAGGCGCAUGGGCCGGAAACCAAGGAUGGUGGUAAAUUGUUAAAGCCCGAGACAUUAUAAACGCAUAAUGAUCGAAAAGAGUUCAACAAUUUUUUGAUUUUGAAUGAUUUUCUGUUUUCAGAAUUGGUCAACAAUAACUUUUCCACAACUUUAUUGAAGAUUUAGUUUUU